AUGCAUGAAUUAAGCCAAAUCCCGCAUUUGAAUGGAAAUGUUAAGCAGAUACGUGCUCGAAUUGAACAUGAUCAAGCGUCUGAUACUGCUAUCAUCAAAGAACUUCCCCCACCUAACAAUAUUAUAGAGCAGAGAAAAAUACUUUUCGAAGGUAGUAAAAUCAAUAAGGAACAAAGUUCACCAAAAUGGAAACAGAAAGCGGCUGUGAUGCGGAAACCGUGCAAAAGCCCAACGCCUGUACUUUCCCCGGUGAGUUCAGUAAAUAACAGUGAAGAUGGUCUUUCAUCCGUGAAUACUGCAAGAUUACUUAACGAAAAUUGUGCAACUGCAACAAAUUCGAGCAUCUCUUCGGAUUCGGAUAUUCGAGGACAUCAAAUGAAAGUGCGAAAUGCAGUUGCAUUCUAUGACGGCUUGAUCGAUUCUGGACAGAUAGUGUCACCGACCUCUCUCUGUAGUCCAAGAGAUUCGUCGUUUCACCAACAAAGCUCGAUGAGAUCUUCCGUAAUUUCGGAUGGUUCUUGGAUAGAUCUCCAGCUUAGAAGUCCACUUUCUAGUGAAACAGAAUCGUCAUGUUCGGAACAAAAUUUUGAUUUUUCUGAAAGAAAAGCUGAAGACAUUCAUGAAAAAACGUUAGUUCCAGAGGAAAAUUUCGAAUCAGAUGAAACUUUAAUAGGACCUAGAAAAGCAUCGACUUUUAGGCAAUUAUUGCAAACAACUGCAAUAGAAGAGUUACAAAACAAUGUUUUCAGAGAGAUUGGUGCUAGGACAUCGAAAGAUGUAGUAGUGCAUGAUUCGAAUACUGCCGUUAAUUCCAAGAUGCGGAAAUCAAGGAAUCUAGAAUCUAACUACGAAUUUUUGCUUUCUUGCGAUUCUGAUGCUACAUCGUCGAGGCCCAGUAGUGAUGCUUACAGUAUAACUAGUACACUUUGUCGUACUAGCACAAUAGGUCCAACAAGAAAUUCGUUUGAUUCCUCAGUUAUGGACAUCUUCUACAAUACCGGCUCUCGAGAAGAGGAUCAGAGAUUAAAAAAGCUUCACUAUGCAGCGGUCGAAAUUUAUACAGUUGAGAAAAAAUUUGUUGAGCAGUUGGAACUUAUUGCUGUGAAAUAUCCUAAAUUUUUGGCAGAAUAUGGGAAGGAAUUGGGGAUCGAUUUGUUGAAACCGCUGCCAAAUGGGCAUCCUCAUUUGAUCAGUCAUAUAGCUCAGCAGCUAUUGAUGGUGAAAGAAGCGCAUAAGUUUUUGUUGGAAAAAAUUUCAUCAAAAAUUGAGAAUUGGGAUUCAAGAGAUCCAAAUAUGGCAGAAUGCCUUAAAAAUGGUGCUGGUUUGUUGAAAUGUUGUCUUCCCUACCUCAAAGAAAAGAGAAAGCAUGUUGAUGAUUUCAUAAGAUUACUUCAAGAUAACGAAGAAUUAGCUCGUGCGACAGCAAAGUUCGAGGAACAGGUAAUGGGUAAAAUAUCCAUAAUUCAGCAGCUUGAUAUUGUUCACCAAAAUGUUGUGCGUUAUACGAUUUUACUGGAAGCUUACAAAAAGCACUUGAUACCUGAAUCUAACGAACUGGAAGUCUGUAAAGAAGCAUUGGUGCAAUUAUCAAAAGUGUCGGAAUUAGUUGAUCGGCAGAUUAGUCGUGCUGAAUUGGAAAAACGUUUGAUUGACUUGUAUCGACGACUUGAGGGAAGGUUUAAUGUUUUCGAAGCAAAUCGGCACCUUUUGUUUGAAGGCGAGUUGAUGAAACAAUCACGGAAAGAUUUACAACCUCGUUACCUGAUAUUAUUCUCGGAUAUGUUAUUAAUUUGUAAAUAUUCAAGAACGCCUUCGCUUGGAACAGAUGCCAAUUUUCAUUCCGAAUUUUAUAAAUUUCUUGUUUCUCGAAUUCGUGUUAAAGCAGAAGAACACGGCGAAUAUGACACUCAUUUUCAGCUGUACACUACACAGAAAAGUGCUGUUUUUAUAGCAAAAACGAAACGAGAACGAGAUGAUUGGGUAAAACGAAUCAGUGAAGCGAAAAUGGAGGCAAAAGAGUUGCGUCGCAUUAAAGUUGUUAGAAACAAGAUUCUCAAUGUUCGAGUAAUGCAUAAAAGUGAGUUAACGGGUGAGGGUAUAUCGGAUACUAGGCCGUCGAAUAGUGGGUCGGAUCACAGUGUUUCACUGCAGACUGCUGGGAAACACAAGUAUACACCAUUAUGGAUUCCUGAUCCAAAAGCAACGUCGUGCAUGAUGGCUGGUUGUUCUACAAAAUUCAAUGUUCUGAAUCGUCGCCAUCACUGUCGUGAAUGUGGAUACUUAAUAUGUCGUUCAUGUGUUGGUUAUGCUCCUGUCAAAACUAACAGUUACUAUGUACGCACCAAAGUUUGCCCAGAAUGCUAUGUGAAAAUUAUCAAAAAAUGGAAAGGAGAAUUAGGAAGCAUGACUUUCACAGCUCCGGAAAAUGAAUCUCUGACUAAAACUAGUGUUCCCAGUCGAAAUGCAGAAGGAGUAGUAUCUGGCACCGUAUUUCUCAGGAAUCAAAAAGGUGGUGAGAAUGAAAAGUGGGGUCGGCUUACAUCGCAUGCAGAUGGUGUGUUAGUGCUUUGCUUUUAUGAUGCGGAGUUUGAUGUGGAUCCCGUGGCACGCUACGUUCUUCUAGGAUUUACACUUUGUACGCAAGAAUUAGAUGAUGGUGGCCGUUUGUUUGAGUUGCGGCAUGCUAAUCAAGUAAAUGAGAGGAAUGGUAUUUCACUGCAUUUUCGAAUUGCACAUUCGGGAAGUGCUGAGAGGUGGUACAGAACGCUAAAAAGAGGAUUGGGAAAUGGUGGCACCGUAUUUUCGUAA